AUUCACUUUAGUGCAAUUGACAUUAGCUGCCGGGCGAAUGACAUUACUUUCAGGUUCAGGCGACGACAGCGCCUCUCUGCCUCACCCAGCGGCGGGGGCACAACCCGCCAAAUUAACAGGCGGCGCCACCAUCGCCGUUUUCUACAGGGGCGCCUCAGGGUGCCAUGGACUUACGUUGCCGGUGUAAAAGGUAAUAUGUUCGUGUCGGCGAUGGAAAAUAUUUACAAGGGUAAGUGUUUGUACGAAACUGGUUAAAUAUAAAAAUUAAAACCUUAAUGUCAAAGACGGCCAGUGAACCAAAUUAUGUCAUAAGGAAGAGACGACUUAAGAAAUCAAGCGCACGCUUGGCAACGCUGGCAAGAUUCUCUUUCCGCCGAGUAGUGAACAAGUGCGAAGAUUCUUUGAAGGAAAAAGGAAGUGUCCUGAGUCAGUAAGACAUUUGUGUUUUGACACCCCAGGAAGCAUGGGUCGAACAAGUAGGAGUGGCAGAAGCGGAGCCAAACGGGCGACCAGGGGAGUGGCACCAGCCGAAGUUAGCCCGGCCGAGGACCAGGAGCGGGCUCACGUCAUUGACGGAGAAGCCCAACCGCUCGAGGGACCCGCGACACCCGAGGAUGACGGCUCCCUGACUGAGGUCUCCUCAGAUGAGGAUAGGGACGGCGCCGAGGAGACUGAGUCCUCCUCCAGCGGCUCCAGCGCCGCCAGCCCUCCCGCUCAACGGAGCAAGAGGAGGAAAACCCUCUACGCCGGCGAGACACGGCCUUCAGCGAGCGCGGUCACGCGGCGGCAUGGAGCCGUGGUGGACUAUGUGCAUGUUGGCCGGGCCCCAACGCGCUCCAUCCAGCCGCCCCCGCCCCGCCGGCUGAAGCUUCCGACCGUCGGUGCAAGCACCCUUAGACGGCUGGCCAACCGAGCUAAGGUGGUGGCCGUGGAAGAUGUCCUGGCCCCCAAGGAGUUUAGCGGCAUCGGCACGGCGGCGGGACCGUCAACACCACAGCUGGCCCCGGCCGAGUACCUACGCGGCGUCGGAGUCAUCGCGGCCUAUAGGGCCUACUUCUUCCCCGAGCUGGCGGUGCAGUGGGCCAUGUACAUGGUCUGGCUCCAGGGACGCGCUGCAGGCCUGCCCACCGCCGCCAUAAAGCAGCUGGACGGACACGGCAGGACACUGCUCGCUCAGUACCCCGGCGAGUACCACACCCCGGCCGACCUGACGGAGAGCGUGCAGGCUCUGAUGCCGGCACCGCCUAGCCGCCCGGUCUACGCGGCCCGCUCGACAACAUACCGCCCCGCCGGAGGCAGCCGCCCGUUCCAGCCCAGGGAGCCCAAAGCCUGCUGCUUCCGCUGGAACGAAGGACGGUGCCACAACGGAGCGUCCUGCAGGUUUGGGCACAAAUGUCGGGAGUGCGGCGCCAACGAUCACCCGGCAACAGCAUGCCCGAUGACCCGCCGGUUCUCGGGAAACGGCCCGCGCCCGCUGAUGGGACACCCGUCUCCAGCGGCGGGCCGCCACUAAUCGCGACGCUGGAGCGGUUCCGGGCCCUGCAGCCGACCGCACGGCCCACACCAACGCGAGCGCCGGCAGCCAUUCGGGAGUUCCUGGCCAACCCGACGGAGGACUGCCGCGCAGCGACGGGCUACGCCAUCUAGACGGCCUAGCGGAGCAGCUGGUCGUGGCGGGUCUGGCGCCGGCGACGCGGCGCCUAUACGACGCGGGAGCGCGGCGAUACCGGCGGUUCUGCCGCACAUACCGACUCGUCGCCGCGCCCGCUGACGAACAAACAGUGCUUAGAUUUAUUGCCCACCUCGUUCGCCGCGGGCUCACCGCCGCGCGCAUAUCGACUGUUCUGGCCGGGGUGCGCCAUUGGCACGUGCGUCGCGGGGCACCGUGGAUCGGACGCACCGAUAAGGUUCGGCUAGCGCUGCGCGGCGCGGCCAAAAUCCCGCACGCCCCUCGAGCCCCUCGGGUAGCAGCGACUCCGUCCCACCUUCGACGGCUUCACUCAGAACUGGGGCGGGCGCAAAUGCACCCCGUUGACCGCGCAGCCGCCUGGGCGGCUGUACUGCUCGGCUUCUUCGGCGCGCUGCGCGGCAGCGAAUACCUUUCCCCAACGGCCCACACCUACGACCCCCGCCGCACGUGCCAAUGGCGCCACCUGACCCUAAAGCGAGGCAGCCUACGGCUAACCAUACCAGCGUCCAAAACGGACCAAGUCUACCAAGGCUCGGUGGUGAGCCUCCCGGCCCUAGACGGGCCUGUGUGCCCCGUCACCGCCCUGAGACAAUAUCGACGCCUGCGUCCCGACCGCCACCCAGAUAGGCCGCUCUUUGAGCGCGCUGACGGGCGCCACUGUACCGCGGGGUGGCUGAACGGUGUGCUCAGAGACGCCGGCCUGACGCGAGACGGUCGACUGACGACCCACAGCCUGCGGAUCGGCUUCGCCACGGCAGCGGCCGCGGCCGGCGUCUCUGAGAGCGUCAUCCGCGUCUCCGGGCGGUGGCGGGGCUCCUCCUAUCUGAGGUAUGUGCGUGGGCCGCGCCUUGCUGUUUGGCAAGCUUGUCAAGCUAUCGUGUAAAUAGACCUUUGGGCAACGUUUGGCGUUUCUGGGCUCGAUUACCGAGCCAAAAGUUAGGCUGGACACCGGCUAGACGGAGUUGAGGCCGAAUCGGGCAAACGACUCAAACGACAUGUCAUUAUACAGGAUAGAUUAGAGCACCAAGCUAAUGAUCAAUUCACUUUAGUGCAAUUGACAUUAGCUGCCGGGCGAAUGACAUUACUUUCAGGUUCAGGCGACGACAGCGCCUCUCUGCCUCACCCAGCGGCGGGGGCACAACCCGCCAAAUUAACAGGCGGCGCCACCAUCGCCGUUUUCUACAGGGGCGCCUCAGGGUGCCAUGGACUUACGUUGCCGGUGUAAAAGGUAAUAUGUUCGUGUCGGCGAUGGAAAAUAUUUACAAGGGUAAGUGUUUGUACGAAACUGGUUAAAUAUAAAAAUUAAAACCUUAAUGUCAAAGACGGCCAGUGAACCAAAUUAUGUCAUAAGGAAGAGACGACUUAAGAAAUCAAGCGCACGCUUGGCAACGCUGGCAAGAUUCUCUUUCCGCCGAGUAGUGAACAAGUGCGAAGAUUCCCCGCCCCCAUCCCCUCGCUACCACCCCCACCAGUAGCUUCCCAUAGUUAGCUGCCAUAACCUCCAUGUUA